AUGUGGUCCGGAGGCAGUGGGAAGGCGCGGGGCUGGGAGGCCGCGGCGGGAGGGAGGAGCAGCCCCAGCAGGCUCAGCCGCCGCCGAAUCAUGUCGAUGAGUCCAAAGCACACGACUCCGUUCUCAGUGUCUGACAUCUUGAGUCCCCUGGAGGAAAGCUACAAGAAAGUGGGCAUGGAGGGCGGCGGCCUCGGGGCUCCGCUGGCGGCUUACAGGCAGGGCCAGGCGGCUCCGCCGGCCACCGCCAUGCAGCAGCACGCCGUGGGGCACCACGGCGCCGUCACGGCCGCCUACCACAUGACGGCGGCGGGGGUGCCCCAGCUCUCGCACUCCGCCGUUGGGGGCUACUGCAACGGCAACCUGGGCAACAUGAGCGAGCUGCCGCCGUACCAGGACACCAUGCGGAACAGCGCCUCGGGCCCCGGAUGGUACGGCGCCAACCCAGACCCGCGCUUCCCCGCGAUCUCCCGCUUCAUGGGCCCGGCGAGCGGCAUGAACAUGAGCGGCAUGGGCGGCCUGGGCUCGCUGGGGGACGUGAGCAAGAACAUGGCCCCGCUGCCAAGCGCGCCACGCCGGAAGCGCCGGGUGCUCUUCUCCCAGGCUCAGGUGUACGAGCUGGAGCGACGCUUCAAGCAACAGAAGUACCUGUCGGCGCCCGAGCGGGAGCACCUGGCCAGCAUGAUCCACCUGACGCCCACGCAGGUCAAGAUCUGGUUCCAGAACCACCGCUACAAGAUGAAGCGCCAAGCCAAGGACAAGGCGGCACAACAGCAACUGCAGCAGGACAGCGGCGGCGGCGGCGGCGGCGGGGGCGGGGGCGCCGGGUGCCCGCAGCAGCAGCAAGCGCAGCAGCAGUCGCCGCGCCGCGUGGCCGUGCCGGUCCUGGUGAAAGACGGCAAACCGUGCCAGGCAGGCGCCCCGGCGCCGGGCGCCGGCAGCCUCCAGGGCCACGCGCAGCAGCAGGCGCAGCAGCAGGCGCAGGCGGCUCAGGCGGCCGCGGCGGCUAUCUCAGUGGGCAGCGGUGGCCCUGGCCUGGGUGCACACCCGGGCCACCAGCCGGGCAGCGCGGGCCAGUCUCCGGACCUGGCGCACCACGCCGCCAGCCCCGCGGCGCUUCAGGGCCAGGUGUCCAGCCUGUCCCACCUGAACUCCUCGGGCUCGGACUAUGGCGCCAUGUCCUGCUCCACCUUGCUAUACGGUCGGACCUGGUGA